AUGGCUUCCGAGGCAGCAUCCCAAAUCACUAUUGGGGCUCUAAGUGCCAUAUUUGAUGAAACCAAACCCCAAGUACCAGAGCCAAUUGUUCAAUGCGUUCAGAUCAAGACCUUGCCAUCUCCGCCGAACCAACCAGAACGUUACCGGGCUGUUUUCAGUGAUAUUGCGAACUAUGUCCAAACGAUGAUUGCUACUCAAGCCACUGGGGUGGUGAAGGAUGGGUCUCUUCGGAAGGGCUGUUUCGUGCGACUCACGUCAUUUCAGUCAAAUGUUGUCAAAGGAAAGAAUAUCCUCGUCAUCUUGGGCCUUGAAGUUCUAACGGAACUGGGCGAGGCUGAAAAAAUCGGUGAUCCCAAACCACUUGCAGUCAAAUCCGAGGAAGAGGAAGUGGGUCAACCGACAACAAUAUCCAGCAAUGGGUUUUACGGCUCCAAGAUGGAGGGUGCACAGGCUCAGCCGAAUAGCCGAGCCCAGCCAAUCUCUGCCCCUAUGUCUACUUCCUCCGUCCAUGCCACAAUCUACCCGAUUGAAGCCGUCUCCCCGUAUUCCAACAAAUGGACGAUCAAAGCGCGAUGCACAAACAAGUCCGCCAUCAAAACAUGGCACAACAAGAAUGGUGAGGGUAGACUGUUCAGUGUGAAUUUACUGGACGACAGUGGUGAAAUUCGUGCAACUGGUUUCAAAGAACAGUGUGACAUGCUCUAUGAACUCUUCCAGGAGGGCAGCGUUUAUUAUAUUUCGACUCCAUGUAAGGUCCAAAUUGCCAAGAAACAGUUCUCAAAUCUCAACAACGAUUAUGAACUUGUAUUUGAGAGAGAUACCAUUGUUGAGAAGGCCGAGGAGCAAAAUGAUAUCCCUCAGAUCCGAUACAACUUCACCACCGUUGCUGAUUUGCAGACUGUCGAAAAAGACACGACCACUGAUGUUAUUGGCGUUCUGACGGAGAUUGGGGAGGCAUCCCAGAUUGUAUCGAAAAGCACCGGCAAACCUUACGAGAAGCGUGAGCUUACACUGGUCGAUAACACAGGAUUCUCUGUCCGCUUGACAAUUUGGGGUGCAACUGCACAAAAUUUCAGUGUGACACCCGAGUCUGUUGUUGCCUUCAAGGGAGUUAAGGUUUCUGACUAUGGCGGAAGAAGUCUGAGUCUUCUGAGUUCCGGCUCGAUGACUGUUGACCCUGACAUCGGGGAGGCUCACCGACUCAGAGGUUGGUAUGAUGCCCAAGGCAGGUCGGAAACCUUUACAUCCCAUGUGUCAAAUGCGACCAACUCCAUGGGCAAAAGGGAUCCCUUUAAAACCAUUGCGCAAGUUCGCGAGGAGCAGCUUGGCAUGUCUGAAACUUUUGAUUACUUCUCUCUGAAAGCAACUGUGAUCUUCAUCAAGCAGGAUAACGUCUGGUGCUACCCUGCCUGCCUUUCUGACAACUGCAACAAGAAGGUAACGGAACUUGAUCCAGGACAGUGGCGGUGCGAAAAAUGUGACAAAACCUACCCCAAGCCAGAGUACCGCUACGUCCUGCCUAUUAGUGUCGGUGACCAUACUGGCCAGCUUUGGCUCAGCUGUUUUGACGACACUGGAAGGAAAAUUAUGGGCACAUCUGCCGAUGACCUAAUGCAACUUCGCGAAGACGAUUCCAAUGCUUUCGGUGAAGUCUUCCAAACAGCGAAUUGCCAGACCUGGAACUUCAGGUGCCGAGCCAAGACAGAUAACUUUGGCGACCAGCAGCGGGUGCGAUAUCAGGUCUCAUCCUGCCAGCCGAUCAAUUACUCGGAAGAAGCCUCUCGCCUUGCCGAUAUCAUUGACUCGUACAGCAUUGAGUAA